AUCACUAACCUGCAACCAGUACUUCCUUUUCUCCGUCAAAAUGUAGUCUACACUGGCACUGGAGAUUAGAGAUGGCGCAACAUUUAAAAGGAUGCUUCGUUGCUUGCAAAGUUUCAUGGACUGAUUUGCAAGCACUGUGUCGUCGGGCAAAGGUAGAAUGUAUCGAGCUUGAUGUGAAAAAAAGUAGCUUCGAUGACUAUGAAGUGGAAUAUAUCGCUGACUACAUAAAGAAAAAUGGAAAGGAGUACUUCUUUAUAAAAUGGAAAGGCUAUCCGGAGUCCGAGAGUACCUGGGAGCCGCGCAAGAACCUGAAAUGUCCGAAACAGCUGAAAGUAUUCAUGUCCGACGUGGAGGCAGCGCUUCGACGCCAACAGAGAAGCCGGACAACCAAGGACACGAUAGAGUUGGAUCAAAGAGCUGUCGGUUACCUUAUCCAAAAAGCCAAACAGCGUCAGGCUCUCGGAUGCUGGGAGACUCAGAUAAACAAGAAAAGCCGCCACAAAGGUCGUAUUUACGUUCAGAACGAGGUGGACAUGGAAGGGCCACCCAGAUACUUCACCUACAUUGAAGACUACAAGGUGGGUGAUGGCGUGGAGAUAACUCCGACAGCUCUUGGAUGUGAGUGCCAAGACUGUUUCAGCCACCCUGUGGCUGGCUGUUGCCCUGGACUCGCGCAACAUCGGCUGGCCUAUACUAACAGAGGGGUGGUGCGCCUGCGGCCCGGUAUGCCUAUCUACGAGUGCAACUCGAACUGUAGAUGUGGCCCCAACUGCCUCAACCGGGUCGUUCAAAGGGGGAUUCAGCAUAACUUGUGCAUCUUUAGAACAGACAAUGGUCGCGGCUGGGGAGUGCGCACUUUGGAACGCAUAAAUAGGAACGCAUUCGUCAUGGAGUAUCUUGGGGAGAUCAUCACAACAGAAGAAGCAGAGAGGAGAGGGGAGGCCUAUGAUAGCCAGGGUGCCACUUACCUGUUUGAUCUCGACUAUGUGGAUGAUGUGUUCACUGUUGAUGCAGCCUAUUAUGGAAAUGUAUCCCAUUUCGUCAACCACAGUUGUGAACCCAACCUGCAGGUAUAUAAUGUUUUUAUUGAUAACCUUGAUGAGCGACUGCCCAGGAUAGCGCUUUUUGCCACCCGCUACAUCAGGGCUUGGGAGGAGUUGACCUUCGACUAUAAAAUGCAAAUUGACACAGUUGAUGCAGAAAGCUCAAGGAUGGACUACAGCCUCGCCGCUGCGGACGGCCCCUCCAGGAAACGCAUGCGGGUGGAGUGCAAGUGUGGCGUGGAGUCCUGUCGCAAGUACUUAUUUUGACACACAGGAACAGCAGAAGUGGACAAGGUCUUUGGCACAGAGAAGGUUGAGGUUUGAACUGCUCCAUCAUGCCAAAAUUAAUUAAUGACGGGUUUUAAUCCAUAUUUUUGAAGAUAUGUUUAUUUGUUUGUUUUUAUUUCCUUUAUAUAUAUGUUUUGUUUCCCUCAUCACACACACACUCACACACACACACUUUUACAAAUUUGAAAAGAACAAAGUUAUUACUUUAUAUAGAUUUUAAAUUAGUAUAUGAUACACCUGCUCGAAGAAUGUUUGCAUUUUUCAUCUAACUGACCAACAUGGCCUGCUUUAAGAUACUGCCUCUGUUUAAUUUGCAAUCUUUAUUGCCACUAAUGUCUCACCAUACUUAAUCUGGAGUAUGAAUUGGUGACUUUAGAUUAUUUUCCUUCUGGGUCUUUUAAUGUCAAUAUUUAAUGGUUCAUCUUCAAGGAUUUUCUUUUAAAUAAACGUUUUA